UGGCACUACCAUGGCAUAUUCCCAUUUCCCCAAGUAAAAAAUGUGUCGGAGUGAAAGAGAGUUGUAUUUUAUAAUGAACGUUUUGCUAUGAAAUAUCUUCCUAUUCUCAAUGUGGUCAGCCUAGAUUUCUCUAUCGUAACCAAGAAUGGAUAACCUAGAAACAGUAUUACAAUGUUUGAACGAUUUCGAGAGAGCCAAGGACAAAAAGAUUGGGCCGGAAUUAGAUAAAUUGCUUUCUCAUAUAGCCAAAACCGGCAGAACAGAAUUUCCUUGGCCCCUCUUAAAACCACUUAUAGCUUACAAAUUGGAAAGGGUUGUAAAUGAAUUUUUUGAGAAUACAUCAUCAAAUGCAUAUAACUCAGAACCUAAGUCAAAAACUAAAGAUCUUUAUCCUGAUGCACAGAAACUAAUUAGCAACGUAAAUCAUUUUUCAGGGACACCUUUCACCAUUCAACGUUUAUGUGAAUUGAUCACUGAACCUCAAAAAUAUUACAGAACCACAGAUAAAUUUCUAAGAGGAAUUGAAAAAAAUAUUAUGGUUGUCAGUACAGUGCAAACAGAUGGCUCUCUUAUUACAAGAUCAAUGCCAACUGCCUUCACAAAUGGAGAUUUAUCUCCUACAAAACCCGACACUGCACCUACAUCUCCAAAUCUUGCUCCUUUAAACAAUUCACCACUGAAUUCUAUUACUCAAGACAAUAACACAAGCCCAGCUUCUAAUUUUAAAGUUGAAUUAGAGGAGAAGAAUGAAACACAAAUAAAAGAAGAAAAUUCUGUCAAUGUUGACACUUCUGACAGUUCAGUAAACACAGCACAAGAUAGUAAAAACACACAAGAACAAUUUUCUGUGAUUAGCAACAUGCCAUGCUCUGACAGUGGUGAAGUGUCUCAAAAAGAAGUUGAAAGUGGUGUGGAAACACAGAUAAAGGAUAAUGCAGAAAGUUGUGUUGAAAAUGGUACAAAUAAAAAAACAGUUGAUGAACCUGAAAAAGUGGAUGAUCUUGGAAAUAAUGAAACAACAGAUGAGAAAGAGAUUAGUGAAGAGGAAAAGAUGGAUGAAAGCUAAUAGUAAGGAAAUAAAAACCAAGUGUCCUAACCCUCAAGGGUAAUAAAUACAUGAUUUAAUAAACUUGGA